CCUUCUCUCCCUCGCCACCGACCUCACCUCCUCUGCCUCUUCUCCAGCCUCCCGAUACUGGGCAGCUGCGUGCAGCCUCCUGAUGGAAGCCGGAACCCCGGGACCAGGGGACCCCCUCUAUUCCCACCUCUCACUUCCAUCCGGGACCCAGGACCCCAAGAUGGCCAACAGCCCCCUGUGCCCCCUCUUGGAGUACAUGAGUAACAUCACGAGCCACACCAACUCCAGCUGGCGCUACAUCGACUACGCCUCGGUGACCCUGCACGCGCUGGUCUCUCUGAUGGGCAUGGUGGAGAACUCCGUCAUCCUCUUCCUGGUCAGCUGCCGCAUGCGCCAGACGGUGGUGACCACCUGGGUGCUGCACCUGGCCCUGUCUGACCUCCUGGCCACGUCCAGCGUGCCCUUCUUCACCUACUUCCUGGCUGUGGGCCACUCGUGGAACUUGGGCACCACCUUCUGCAAGUUGCACUCGUCCAUCUUCUUCUUGAACAUGUUUGCCAGCGGCUUCCUUCUCAGUGCCAUCAGCCUGGAUCGCUGCCUGCAGGUGGUGAAGCCCAUCUGGGCUCAGAACCACCGCACGGUGGCCGCGGCCCAGAAGGUCUGCCUGGUACUGUGGGGCCUGGCCCUGCUCAACACCGUGCCCUACUUCCUGUUCCGAGACACCAUCCCGCGGCAGGACGGGCGGGUCAUGUGCUACUACAAUCUCCUGCUCCACAGCUCUGGCGCGGACAGGGAUGCCAUCUGUGGUUGCCGCCAAAUGGCCCUGGCCGUCAGCAAGUUCUUGCUGGCUUUUGCCAUACCCCUGGGCAUCAUCGCUGCCUGCUACUUGGCCGUGAGCCUGCAGGUGCGCCACCGGUGCCGCCGCCACCCCAGCCGGUUUGUGCGCCUGGUGAUGGCAGUCAUUGCCGCUUUUGUGCUCUGCUGGCUGCCCUACCACAUCUUCAGCCUGCUGGAGGUGCAGGCGCAGUAUGAUGACUCCAGCCUGCGCCCACUGGUGCUGCGGGCCCUGCCCUUCGUAACCAGCCUGGCCUUCAUCAACAGCGUGAUCAACCCCUUCCUCUAUGUGCUGACCUGCCCUGACGUGCUGCAGAAGUUGCGCCACUCCCUGCGCUGUGUGCUCGAGAGCGUGCUGGUAGAGGAUACCGAGUUUGGCUGUGGCAGCGGCCGCCGGCGCCGCAGCUCGCAGCUGGCCUCCUUGUCCAGAUCCUCCUCCACUUCUAGCUCUAUGGGCUUCCGAAGCCGCUGGCUCGCCUGGCUAGGGGCUAAGAUUGCCAGACAGCCAGGGAAGGGCCCAGCCCCGGAUGAGCUGAAGGAGGGGGUUCCCUUGAAAUGA